ACUACCCACCCGUUGCUCACAACGCUCGCAUUCCGCCCUCAACCUACUAUUCAAUCCGCUGCCUACAUUCAAUACUUUGCGAUGGAGCCGCAACCUUCGACCUCGCAGCAGGCCCCAUCGCCUACCCGAAGUGACAAAAGCAGCGACAGCGAAGGGAAGCCAGUUCGAGAGAAACUCAAAGAGACCAGGAUCGACACCAACGCAGCUUCCGAUCAGCACAUGAAAGAAGCGUCAACGAACGGAGCGCAUGCCGACAGCAACUCCGGCUCCGACAGCGACAGAGGCAGGCUGCGCCGCAAGCGGAGCCGUGAGGAUUUUGAGGGCGACGAGGAUGCAAAGCAUCCAGAGAAGAAGCAAGAACGUCAUACGCGCAAGAAAUCAAGGGACGUGACAAGCCCUGCUGGGUCCGACCUCGAGAAUGCGAAGCCCAUCAAGCCGCUGAUUGCGUCAAUACAAGAGGAUGGCCCCGAUGAGGCAAUGCGUGCAACCAUUGGAUCUAGUGUAGCACAUACUGGCAACUCUGAGAAGAAUGCAGAUGGCACAAGCCCUAAGAACAAACGCACACGGGAGCAAGCAGAGAAUUCGACGACUGAAGCUUCCAACCCUCUGGAUUCAGCGUCCACAACAGACGAUGAGCGUACAAAUAAGCGGCCAAAGGACGGUGCGAAGACAAAUUCAACAGGGCCCGCAAAGACCGAGACAAAGAUACCCCCUGGAAGUGGAUUUGCCAACACCUCGGUAGCAUCCCCUUUCGCUACCAUGUCCACGCAGAAGCCGGCUCCUAAACCCACUGAUGCAUCAGCAAAAGAUCUACCUCAAACAUCAGACCAGGCGUUCAAGAAGUCCGGAUUUGGGUCUUUCGCCAGUUCUACUGCCUCGCCUUUCGGCGGUGCUGCCAGCAGCUCAGGUUCCGCAUUGGGGGCAGCAACGGGCCCUAAGCUUAGUUCAUUUGCCAGUCCUAGCAAGCCUGCAACUCAACCGUCUGGAUUCGCAACUUUGGGUGGCAGCAGCACAGGGGCAUCUGCGUUCGGUGGAGGAGCAGCGAACGGUGGAAAGUCCCUUUUUGGUGGAGCAUUAGGCUCCAGUGCAUUCGGAAACGGUGGUGCCGUCUCGAAACUGUCUUCCUUUGGUUCGGGAGGCGGCAGCAUCACCGGUCUAACACAGAAGCCAGUAGAAUUCGGCUCCAAAGAACAGCCAAAAGACGACGCAGAAGAAGACGCGUCCGACAAGGAAAGUACGAAUGAGGGUAACGACGGCGAAGACCAGCCAACGAAACCUCGUCAAACGUUGCUACAGUCCCAGGGACCACCCGAAACCGGUGAAGAAAACGAGGAUGUGACUUGGACCGGCCAUGUUAAACUUUACACAUUGGCUGGCGCAGCCGGCAAAAAGGCGUGGCAGGAGCGUGGAACCGGAACGUUGAAGGUCAAUGUAACGCGAGAAUCGCCAAAGAAGUCCCGCAUCGUGCUUCGUGCGGAUGCCACACACCGGCUGCUGCUCAACGUUGCUAUUGCCAAGAGCCUGCGAUUUGGCGAUGUCCAAGGCAACGAACCGAAAGAUGGAAAGGUGCUGUUCACGGCGCCAACAGCAUCUGGAGAGGUGGAAUCUCACCUACUUAGACUCAAGGUCGACAAAGGCAUAGAUCUGUGGCGCACCGUAGAGGAUCUGAAGAAAGAGUCGGCGUAA